AGGUGGGAGGCGGCGGGAACUGAGAGUGAAAGGCUCUAGGGGCCCUUGACCAGAAGUGGGGUGUCCCUCAUGAUUCUCAUGUGGGCCAGAGGCCCACCGUCAGGUUUGGCCUGGCCACUGGCCCCUGGCCACAGUACAUUCUGUCUCUUAUUUGGAAGGAUGACUUGCCAGUGAGGGUGAAGGUGGAGGGCAGGCACGGGCGGAGGAGGGGCUGGGAGCUGCGCCAGCGAUUCUGGGCAGCUCUGCCCUGGGCUCCUGGGGACUGACGCCUAGGUGGGCACCUUUCCGGAAGCCACAGCCUGACCAGUCUCACUUCCACACAGAGGAGUAGGUGGGACCCAAGAACAAAAGGCCGAGUGAUGGUGAGCCCUGGGCUCCUGCUGCUGCUGCUGCUGCUGCUGCUGCCCUGCAUGCUGCCCUUGGCCUCGUUGCACACCUGGAAGACUGGGUGGCAUCAGUUCCACAAGCCGAACGGAUACAUGUGCUCAAGGCACUCAGAGUGCCAGAGCAACUGCUGCAUCACCAACAACUACGGGAAGCUGCUGUUCUGCACGGCCAGGACCAUCUUCUUACAGUGUGUGCCCUGGCGCAAGCCCAACUGGGACUAUUGUACCUACCACAGCGAGUGCCAGAGCAAGUGCUGCCUCAGGCUGAAUGAGGUCAGCAAGCACCGCUGUGUUCCUCAGACGGGGAUCCUGGUCCAGUGCCUGCCUGUGUGAUGUGACCCGGGUCUGUGCCCCGGAGACCACCCGGACCCUGAGCGUUUCACUCCGGAUGGUGCUGUGGACGUGGGAGCCCCUUACACGGUUCCCGGGGCUCUUCCUGGGACGAUGACCACCUGCAGGAUUAGACAUCUAGCCGAGAGCUCCUGGGACCCACUAGUGUCUGAAAACCAGGUGCAGCUGCUGGAGCUUCAGUGUGACUGAGCAUCAAUAAACCCCCCACCGAAAGGAGCGUGUUUGUGCAGUUGUGUCCCAAAAGGCCCGGUUAACCAGAGAGGCAGGGCUCCUCUGACCUCGCUAACCGUGAGGACCACCCGGUAAAGACCCCUGGGUGCUGGGUCAUGCGUCCUCCUCCCUGG